CUUCGUGGACGAUAACACGUGGUUCUUCACUAAUCACGCAGACGCAAGUAGUGUUUCAGUAAUGGCGGCCGAUAUUGGUAGUUCGUCUUUGGGGCUACCCUGCGCUUUCUCACCAAAAUCACGACAAUAUCUGGCGUUGUGUGCCCAGGAUGGCAGACUUCGUAUUUGGAACACAGAGAGUAAAACAUUUCACCAAGAAUACGUGCCUUCAGCCCAUUUGAGUGCCACUUGUACCUGCAUAGCUUGGGGACCAUGCCGAACGGCCAAGGAGGGACCUCAGAGAAAGAAGAGGAAAUCUGAGGCAGGUCAGGUGGAAGAAAAAGCAGACCUGUUGGCACUGGGUACGGCAGCGGGCACUGUUAUCAUCUACAGCACAUUGAAAGGUGCUCUGCAUUGCACACUGGAUGGCGGUCACAGUGGAGGCGUCAACUGUGUGCAGUGGCACCCUGAGGGUAGUCUGUUGUACAGCGGCUCAGAUGACACACACAUCGUAGAGUGGGACCUGCAGACGGGCAAGACGCGUUGUAAGUGGAAGGCAGACCGUGCAUCGGUAACCAGUCUGUGUGUGAGUCCAGAUGGCAAGCUGCUGCUCUCAGCUGGACACAUCAUCAAGAUGUGGGACCUAGAGACCAAGGAGUUGUACCGGAAAUUCACUGGUCACUCAACUGCUGUGACGACCCUGCGCUUUGCUACCACAAGGCCUCCUGAGAGCAACGGUCUCUACUUCCUGUCUGGAGCGGCCCAUGACAGACUCCUCAGUGUUUGGCAAGUCCGUGAUGACGGUAAGGACAAGAACUCUGUGGUGUCCUUUACUCUGACCGACGAGCCCCAACACAUUGAUCUCUUCACCUCCAACGACAAGGAAGAGGCGUUGAGGCUGGCGGUGGUGUGUAAAGACGGGCAGCUGCAUCUUUUCGAGCACUUUCUUAAUGGACCCUGCAAGAAGCCCCUUUCUCCCUCCUGCACGGUUCAGAUCUCUGGAGUGGAGGACUCCCCGGUGCCUGUCCCUCUGCUGGCGGCGGCCCUAGGCGCAGACGCACAGAGUGUGCUUCUGGCCUACGGAAGACACUUGCAGCCUGUCAUGGAGAGGACGGAGAUUGACACAGAAGAGAGACACAUCUGCCUGACUCGAGAUGUCAAGACCACCAUAUCCCUCUCUGUGGAAACCAGCAUAUCCAAGGUUAAAACUCCCAUUGUCAACGCAAAGAGCAAAAUUCUUGUCCCUGGACUUCCUGGUCAUAAGGCACCUUUAAAAGUGGCUCCAGUGGCAUCAGAGAAGAGGAAAAAGGGCAGCGACACCAGAGAGAUGUCUAUAGAGGAACGACUGGGAGAGAUCGACCUGUCUGUGUCUGGUACUACCAAGGGGACCUCUUCUCUACAAACGGACAACUUUGCCGUGUUGCUCGUGCAAGGCCUAGAAAGCAAGGAUAGUCAAAUCCUUAAUAAAGUGUUCCAGACUCGGAAGGAGCUGUUAAUAAAGAAAACGGUUUCUCGGUUACCCCUACCCGCUGUCUUGCCAUUGGUCGAAGAGAUCACCAAAAGACUGCAAGGACAUCCAUACACGGCAGUGCUCAUGGUACGGUGGCUGAAGGCUGUUCUCGUACACCACACCUCCUACUUGGCCUCGUUGCCAGAUUUGGUGUCCCAGUUGGGGGUGCUGUACCACAUGAUCGAAUGCAGAGUGAAGAUGUUCCACAAGUUGACCAAGCUACACGGCAAACUGUUCUUGUUUACAACACAGGUGGCGACGACUGACAGUAGCAACACAGUCACAGAUGUGGACCACACUGCCAAGCUGGUAUAUGAGGAGGAAUCAUCCGAUGAAGAAGAGGCCUCUGGAGAUGAGGGUCUUCCCGAUGAGGACUCUGAUAACUGGGAAGACGAGGAGGCUAUGGAGGAGGACAAGGCGGGAAAAGACAUGGACGAAGACGGAAGGAGGGAAUCGAAAGAAAAUGGUGAUUCGGACAUGGAACCAGAGAAUGAGAGCGAAGAGGAAUAAGAGUUAAAGAAGCCAAUCAAAACACAAAUAAUGUGGCGACAGAAAUGGACCUGAAAGAUUAUUAUAUAUAUACUUUCAUUUUAUUUUCAUGCUUUUGAUUUUAUUGUAUCAGAACAAACAAAAAAAUGGUUUUAGGAAACGCAAGCAAAGGACAGCAUACUUGUGGUUGCAGGGCCUUAUGGCCAUUGACUUGGUGGACACACUUCAAACCCAAAACAUCCAGAGAACCCACCAUUUUGAAAAGCUGCUCCUUGGACUCAAAUCCAUGCAACUUCUUCCUGCUUUUUCCAUUUGUUUUGGUUCCCAGUCUCUACACCCCUUUCUCUGAAAGUGUACUACCGCUCUUCUCUUAGACUCCAGUAGGAAAGCCAGGUGUAAGGAAUUGUGAAUCUUAAGUCUGACUCCAUAGCUUUGAAUCUGAAUGAGGGAGGAGUUCACAAGUGCACACUUAAGAACAAGGGUUUGGAGAUUGGGAUGGUUGGGUUGGUUUCUGUACCGUCGACUGUAGUGUACAGAAUAUCCCCCUCACUGCUUGUUCCUGAGGUGGGCUUGCCUGCCAUGACUGUAGAUCAUGUCCAUACGCAAUGUAAAUCUGUAUGUACAGUGCAGUGUUUGUAUGAGCUUCUUCCCCACCCUACCCUCGUACAGCAUCUCCCAGAAGCCUCUGGAUUAAAGGAAAUUCAGUCAAUCCUCCCACCUGAACUUUAAUAUUGUUUGUCUUCUCAGUUUCCUCUCCCUCUGUUCCAUGUUUGUCCUCUUCUCUCCCUCAUGCAUUAUUUUGUGGUCCGUCACCCAAUCUGCUGCCUCAAUCUCAUAGCCAAAGGGGCUAUUUACAAAAUACUGACUUUGCUGAGUAAGGUCAAUAAAUGGGUUCACCAAAUGGAUUGUGUCUAAACUAUAAAUACUGGGGCAAGA